GGUAGGAGUGGGAGUCGGGUUGCAGGGGCUCCGGGUCCAGCUGGGAGUCAGGGCGCAGAGCCUGGUGGGAGCCAGAGCAGGCGGGUGAGCAGCUGCAGGUUCCGGCGGCGCCGAGAGGGCGCUGUGCGCGCUCCCUCUCGGGGAGACAUUGCGCGCCGGGGCGGGGGUGGGGCUGCGCGGUGGUAGGCCCUUGGAGUCUGGGUCUGAGGCUUGGGCUCUGCCUGGGCCCCGCGGACCCUGACUUGGGUGCGGCGGCCCCGGGAGCAUGAGCGGGCAGCGCGUGGACGUCAAAGUGGUAAUGCUGGGCAAGGAAUACGUGGGCAAGACGAGCCUGGUGGAGCGAUACGUGCACGACCGCUUCUUGGUGGGGCCCUAUCAGAACACCAUUGGGGCUGCCUUCGUGGCUAAGGUGAUGUGCGUCGGAGACCGGACAGUGACUCUGGGUAUUUGGGACACAGCAGGAUCUGAACGCUACGAGGCCAUGAGCAGAAUCUAUUACCGAGGUGCCAAGGCAGCAAUCGUCUGUUAUGACCUCACUGACAGCAGCAGUUUUGAGAGAGCAAAGUUCUGGGUGAAGGAGCUGCGUAGUCUAGAAGAGGGCUGUCAAAUCUACCUGUGUGGUACCAAGAGUGAUCUGCUGGAGGAAGACAGGCGGCGCCGUCGUGUGGACUUUCAUGAUGUUCAGGACUAUGCAGAUAAUAUCAAAGCACAGCUCUUUGAAACAUCCAGCAAGACAGGCCAGAGUGUGGAUGAGCUCUUUCAGAAAGUGGCGGAGGAUUAUGUCAGUGUGGCUGCUUUCCAGGUGAUGACAGAGGACAAAGGUGUGGAUCUGAGCCAGAAGGCAAACCCCUACUUCUACAGCUGUUGUCAUCACUGAGUCACAACUCACCUGGCCUGGGAGAAUUAAAGGAAUUCCCCAGAGGGCUGGACCCCAACUGUUGUCUGGGCUGGAGUGGUCUGAGCUACUCCAGGUCCCCAUGGCAGCAGAGGUGGCACCUGCCUAUGCUAGCCUGUGGGACAGAGGCAGUAUUGGGCUGACUGGGCAUGAGGAAGAUUAAGGGCUGAUUUGAAUCCCAGGUCCCUCUCCUGGACAGAACUUGUCCACAGAUUAGUGGCUUCUGAACUGUAAAUAAAAUUAAUGCACUGUGACUCA